AUGAUGUCAUUUGGUGGGAUGCGGCGAUUUGUCGUCGCUGGUAGAUGCGGCAGUGCGCUCUCGAACAGUCUCGCCGCUGCAGUGGCGGGUGCCAACUCCCCCGCAGGCGCUACACCGGCGUUGAUGACGGUGACGAGAGGACGUUUCUACCGGCCUCUUGUGAACCAGGGCAUUAAUCUCUGGCGUUACCGCAUGGGCCGUCUCCACAAGGGCUGGAACACGUGGGAGUACCAACACACGCGGCCGGACCCGCGGCCCUUUCCGGAUCCUCCCGUCAAUGACUACUUUGGCCGCUCCCGCCUCUGGAACCCCAUCGCCGGCAAGAUGGGGUACGUCAGAAAGAAGGCGGAGGAGUGGGGGUGGCCGCAUCAGCGCCCCCCACCGACAGGGCUUCGGCAAUCGCAGGAGUAUUUUCCCUUCUUCUUUGCUCGCUACUUUCCCGACGCGGAGGUGCGGUUAGUCCUAGACAGCGUUAUCAACAACGAGACCACCCACCCGAUGUUUUACGUUCCAAGUGACAUGUCCAGGGCGGAGAUUGUCAACUACCUCAAAAACAUUUACGGUGUGGACAACGUCGUGCGAAUUCGGGUGCGAAACACGCGAGGUCGCCGCUACAAGAACGAACUGGGCGAAAUCAAAGUGAUGGAUGACCACAAAAUUGCCAUCGUCGAGUUAGAUUCCCCCGUUUCCGUGGACUUUAAGCAAAUCAAGGGGACAGAAGAUACUCCUGACAACAAACCUCAAACGCAGAUCAGUGGAUAA